AGCUAAAAUAUUGAUAAAAAAAAAUAAUAAAAAUUAUAAUAAUUGACGUUGAAACUGGCUACAAAUAUAUAUAAACAAAAAACAACGAAAUGUAUGUGCCUUCAUUAAAUUGUGUAUAAGUUAGUCGGUUUGAUGUUUAAAUGACAAAAAAACAUGCAAAUAUUUAAACUCAGCUCAAUAAAAACUCACCGAUAUACUAAAAUAAAGCACACUAGAACGAAACAAAAACAAUGAAAAUGAGAGCAAAUUAGUUGAAUAUAAAUUCUAUGUGUUUCAGUCACAUAUAAGUAGCACGAAAAACGGUUUAAGCCAAACAGGUUCAUUAGUUAGAAUAGCACUUGCUAUAAAUUACGGAGUCUGAGCGUGUUUACCUGCCUGCCUGUCGUCGGUCUCAAACUUGUUAACACACUACUUAACUGCAACGCUGUGAUAGCAAUAAAAAUACAAAAAUAAAAAAGCAACAAAGUCGUUAGAAAGUAAAAACAAAAGUGCAAUAAAUAAUUAAAAACAUUAACACUUGAGUAUACCAGAUUGAUUGCUUUGCAUUGCAUUGAAUUGUGGUGGAUUGAAGUGCGGCGAAGUGUUUAACAAAGCGUAACGAAAUGCAUAUGAAACGCUGGUGUACGUCGUCGCCCUCACUGCUGUGGCUGACUGUCAUCACCUUUGCCAUGCUGUACAACAACAUUGCAUGCAUUGAAAUUCCAACACGUUUUCGACACAAGCGCAGCGCUGACGCAGAGCACACAUCGGCGAGCGCCGAUACGAGUGCGCGUGUGCAGAAAAACAGCGCAAGUGAUGAGAAUCUUUUACCGUUCUACAAAGAGCUGGCCAAUGUGACAGAUUUAGAUGAAUUAAUAGAACGCUUCGUCGAUAAGGACACCCUUGAUCCCCAGCUAGGCUUUCAAGACAACUUCAGACGCAGCGUGGAGCGUGCUAAUUUACAACAGGCUAAGCCAGCUGCUUGCAUACCCGAGAACACCGUGGUACCGCUCAUACCACUGGAGCCCUCGAAAGAUCCAAAAAUCGACUACUUUCCCAAGUGUACGCGUGUGAAACGCUGUGGCGGUUGUUGCUCCUCCCAGCUGAUGUCGUGUCAACCCGUCGAGACGGAGACAAUCAACUUUCAGGUGGUGCCUUUUGAAGUGGCCACCGGCAAUCGCAUGCGUCUUUAUGGCAAGGAGAUUGUCGUCGUCGAACAGCAUACGAAAUGUAAAUGCGACUGUCGCAUUAAGGCGGAGGUAGGUAAUCGGGAUUGCAAGCAAUAUCAGAGAUAUCUGCCGGACCGGUGCACCUGUGAGUGUACAAAUGAUGAUGCGCGGCAGAAAUGUUACGAGCAAACACACAAGUUCUGGGAUGAAACGGAAUGCCGUUGUGUCUGUCGUGAUAGUCAAUCCUGCACGACCGGCACGAUAUUUGACGAGAGUCAAUGUGCCUGUAUCGAUAUCACUAACGAUGGCAGCAACAUUAAAAGUGCAAAUUCUAAUACGCCUACACUGCUUGAUCGCAGGCGUUUCAUAGUUAAGGCCAUACCCGUUGAGGUGAAACCGGAUGAUAGCACACGGUAUUCGGUCUGAAACAAAAAAGGAAAAGGAAAAAAAGAAUAAAAAAACAAGAAAGGAGAAAAUAAAGGAAAAAAACAAAGUAGGUAAAGGAAAUCAAAGAAAAAAUGGAAAAUAAGAAAAAAAAAUGGCAGAAAAAAACAAAAUUUGUCAGAGCCCAAUGAGUGCGAGGCGAUAGUAUGAAUUUAAUGCAUGUUUUAGUGUAGAAAAAGAUAAUUAAAAUAAUUAAAUUUUCAGUAUUUGUUAAUUGCAAGUUUUUUUAUGUUUAAAUUAUAUGAUAAUUGUCUGUAUGAUUUUACCAACUACUUACAUUUUUUCUAUGUACCAUAUGUUAAUAAUAUGUAUAGUAUUGUGCAAAACAUAUGCAACUGACACAUUUAUUUUUGUAAAAAAAAAAUUUCUUUUUAAAUUAAAUAAGGAUCAACCAAAAAAUUGUUAUAAUAAUUUAUGAAAAAAAAUACAGUUGAACUUCCCAUAACUCGAGCUCUUGAAUUGGCAAUAGAAGUCAAAUUUCAUCUCGAAGUCUCUUUAACUCGAAGUUUUUUUGUGUAUUAUGGUGAUUAAAGUAGCGAAGUUCAACUGUAUUUUCUUUAAUUACUCCUUAGAUUAUAUUUCUAAGGUAUUGGAUAUUGCAUUAUUGAUUAUUGACAUAGAAGAGCUGGCCACAAAUAUUUUUCACGCUAUAUUAAGUUAGAUUCCCACUAUUCCAUUGGCUUUUAGUCAUGCGUCUAAUUCAAUUAUUUAGAAAUGACUUUAAUUGUUCGCUGGAUAUUGGAAGGGAAUUACAAAAAUCGGUAGAACGAACUACAGCCGAGUGUAGAAAAAUAGUAGCAAAGUUUUAUAAAUCUUCUACUAAUUUUCCUAAUAUAACGGCAGAAGUAUAAACUGAUCUCUUCACUAAAUAAUGCUGAUCUAUACUUUACAGCGGACUGAUUUCUAUACAUAUAAAUACAAAUGAGUGUAAAUCUCGAGGAAGUCCGAAGAAGUAGUUUACAACAUCGGGAGAAAUUAUUGGAUCGGCUGGGUAUUUUCAGGCAGAUUAAGUCCUAGGUAAAAAUGUGUAUUCUCUGAUCUUCGAAGUUAGCCUCCAAAAUCGAAAUAUUUGGAUUCGAAGUUCGAAAAAAGGUCUUUCAAAAAAAGUAAUAUUAAUUACAGGAUAUAGCUACUAAAAAAUUUAAAUGUUGUUCUUAAUUCAAUUGUAAACUUUAUCAGGCUUAUAUGACAGAUGUUAAAAGGGAUCCAAUAUUUUUUUUUUAUUUUUUCGAAGAUCAAACUUUGAUCCUUCAAACAUUUCUAUUUAGGAGGCUAACUUCAAAAAUCGGAGAAUACCCAGAAAAUAGUCGAGUUUGUUGUUGUUGUAACUGUUACCCAAGCCUGCCUGAACCGGCAAUCCUAAAUUAAUUGUCAUCGAAGUCAUCUAACGUGAGGUUCAGGAAACGAGCUUUUUCGAUAGGGUCUGACCAGAUGGAAAGGGGUGUCAGAUAUGUGGGUUUAGGGGGCAUGCAAAGAGGUGGGUUAGUGUCAUGCGUGGACUCUUUGCAAGCUAGUCCAUUUUGUCGUAUAGUAUUAGUAAUUGGUUGACUCUCUUGUUAGUACUUCUAACUGUUGUAGGCCUAACAACCCGAUUUCUUUUUAUUUUAAAAAUACUAAACUGAGUCAUUUGUUUAAGUAUUUUUGACUAAAUUCCAACUAAUAGCACAUUAUUUAUGCAGCUAUAUAAUGAGUUGAACGUUCUUAUUUUCAAAAAUAUGUCAAUUUCAAUUAAACCUGCAUAUGUUGUGCACAAUACUGUAUAUGUAUAGCCAUAAAAUAUGUUUGGAACGUCACAACUAUUUAACUAAACGCAAAAGCUCUCAAAUAACUUUUAAAAAUAUUAUAUUAUAGUUAAUAAUUGAAUUCAUUAGUUUAAAAAAGUUAAUAAUGAAGCAGAUAGAAUUGUAUAAUAACGGCCGUUAACUUAUGUAUGUACUUAUAAAAUACCAAGAAAUUUAGUAAUUUAUGUAUUUAAAAAAAAAAAAGUAAAUAAAUAAACUAAAUUAUUUAUAAAAUAAAAAUAAAGAUUAUUUUCAUUUCAAUUUACCUUCAUACAUUUUACAGGAAGCUAUCCAUAGAAAUGAAUUAGCUCAAGAGCAUAAUUUUGUUACAAAAUAGUUGUAAAAAAUUGUUUGUAGUUGAUAUUAAACGCAUUUGAAACUGCUGUUGAUUUGAUAUUGUAAUUUGAACAAUUCGUAAACAUUCAUACAACUUGUAUAACCGCUAGAAAACGCUUUCAUACUCGUUUAUCGUUCGAAACAUCCAGCAUGUUGAUUGCUUUUUAAUAUAUUACGUUGUUUUUGUUGCACUAUUUUUUAUUAGCAUAACAGCUUGUAAGCGCUUCUACACUUUUUGCUUAAGAAUUCAGCAAUUUGUUUCCUCUCAACACAUUUAUUAUUCUUUUUCUAAAUACAAAAUCCAGUAUAUUAUCAUAAUUAAUACAUUACUAAUUGAAUGUAAGAUUAAAAUUUAAAACAAUUUGCGUUGAAAUGCGACAUUACAACAACUACUGACGCUUUUCAAAGCAAAAAGUCAUAGUGAUAAAUAUGUAAUUCAAUAAUAUAACUCAUUUCAAUGUUAUUGGCGUAUCAGACAGCCAAUUAAUUUAGUUAAUUAAUUUGCUAAUUAACUAAAUUAAGCUGCUAACUGAAAAGCAACUCUAAGUAUGUAUGUAUAAUUUAUUGUAAAUUAAGUUAACAUUUAAGAACCUAUUAGCAAAUAAAUGAGACCACUAUAUAAGUUGCGAAUGGCAGUGAAAAAAAACUGUAGAAAAUAUGCAAACGAAUAAAUUACUUUCAAAAUAUUAAGAUAUAUAAAUAGUUAUAUAAAUAUAGAGUAUAAAGAGCGCCCAAAAUAAUAAGUCGCUCGAAUGAUGCUUCAGACUUAAGUUAAUUAGUAUUAGAUAAUAAUUGAGUUUCCAAAAAGAUAUAUUGCUUUGCGGAGUGAGGACACUAAAAAUCAGUUUCGUGACUGAAACCGAUAGCGUAAACUCAUAAUGCAAAUAAUUAAUGAAAUGUAUUAAAUUAUUUAAAAUUAGAUACAAAAUAAAUUUCGUAUUUAAUUUAAUUUUUAAAUUUUCUGAACUUAGAAAAUUUAAAAUUUACGAAACUUAUGCAAUUUAAAGUAAAUUAUUUAAUUAAUUUACGAAAUUUAUGCAAUUUAAAGUAAAUUAUUUAAUUUCCAAUAAAUUAUUAUAAAUCUAAAAAUAAUUAAUUCUGCAAGUUAUUUCGAAAAUCCGAGAGAAAAAAAUGAAAUUUCGAAAUUUUUUUUAAACAUUUCAGUAAAUAUUGCAUUUUUGUAGAAUUUGUUUACAAACUUUCCAUAAACCCCACUCCUACAAGCAGUAUGUAUUUUUAGACAUUUUAAAGAACUCCGAAUGCGUCCAAAACAGUUGUAAUUACAAAUACAAGAACUUUAAAAAUUGCUUAAAGUUCCAUAAUUUUAGAUACAAAUAAAAAACAAGUGAGAAACAAAAAA